AUGGUGCCGCCGCCCCUGUCCCCGCCGCUGUGCACCUUGCCAGCAGGCCCUGGGCCCGCCCGCUUUGUCUGCUACUGCGGCGAGGACGGGGAAGGAAGCUGCAGCUUCAACCUCUAUGUCACGGACGCCGUGGAUCUCUGGAGCACCUGCUUCACGCCGGACAAGCUGCCAGCCCUCAAAGCCCGCUUUGGCCUGAGUGCAGCUGAGGACCUCGCCCCGCGGUUCAAGGCAGCCUGUGAGCAGCAAGGCGUCGCCCUGACCCUGCAGGAGGACACCGCUUCCCUGACGCUCUCCGGGGGGCCUGAGACCCUGACACUUGACCUCUCUAAGGUGCCAGGCCCCCAGGCAGCCCCCCGGUUGCAGGCCCUCACCCUGGGCCUGGCAGAGCGAGUGUGCAGGCUGGAGCAGCGGCUGGCAACUGCGGAGGAGACCGCCUCCAGCCCCAGGAAGGACCCGCGGUGGGCGGGACCUCCGCUUUUUAUUCCUGACUCGGAUUCGCAGAGGGGCGGACUGGGACCAGGGGUCCGGAGGCGGGUUCCCGGAGAGUCCAUAAUCAACCCAGGCUUUAAGAGAAAGAAACCGGCCGCAGGUGUGGACUUUGAGGACACCUGACUGUACAGCGAGAAGCCCAGCUCCACCAGCAGGCCACCAGAGGGGGGGUGGGGGAGGGGCGCCCCCCUAGAGGCCCCCCCCCCCCCCGCCGCUCUCCUGCUGCCGCCGGCCCACAAACCUGCUUCAAGCCCCCUCCCACCAAAUAAACAGCACUUGCCCUGGUCAAGGUUGGACCGGCUGGCCUUGGGGGGCUGAGCAGAGGGCGGGGACACAGGAUGAAAACUGGUUCAGUCAAGGCUCAAAUCUGCAGGUUCUUGGGUCUAGGACGCCGCCUGUGCAGUCCUCCACCUGCAGGCCUGGAGUCCACCUCCCACUGACAGACCUCACCCGACCACCACACAGCAUGAUAGUAUGCGCUGUUGGGCGGAGUCACCUGUGGGAAUCUCCCCCCUCCCGCCAAAAAAGGAAGAGGGGCGAGGUGGGGCUGAGGAAUGCGGGCCAGUCCCCGCCCACCUGACCCGGAGCCCUAGGGUGGCCAGGGCUGUGCCCGCCUGUGCUCCCCACCCUCCUUGGCCAUCCCGCCCGCCGCGCCCUGGCCCGACUGGUUUGGGAACCCAAUCUAGUCCCCAUCCUUGUCCUGGGCCUGGGGCGACUGCAGGCGGCCAAGCCCAGUGCUUUUGCCUGGAGUGGGGGAAGGGCUGCCCUGCCCUCCCCUCUCUCCACCCCUCACCCCUGCCCCACCCCACCUCGCCACUCGGGUCAGGCCUCCUGCAGUUGAUGUCCACUGUGGCGGUG